CAAUCAAAAGACAACUUCACCAGCAGACUUCACCCCACAGUGUUUACUUUCCAUGGAUAUGGCUCAUCUUUAUUCUUUUCCAGAGGAAAAUUCGGCGCAAGACACAAUUUACUGGUAAGUUGAUCCAGAUACUGGUAAGUACUCGUGCACUGAGACAGGGUUGCUGUAACUACAGGGUUUUUUUAAGAUUCAAACUUGUAAUAAUGUCUAACCUAGCCUGUGAGGGAUUUGUAAAUUUGUAUGUCACAGUGUAAUUUUGACCUUUUAAAUUUCAAAGAGCCAAUUGAUCCAGAGCAAGUAAAAUUGAUUGAUGCGGGCAUGGUGUCCUUUAAUUAUGGAUGAAAAAGGAUUUUGCCUCUGAAAUUAUUAAUCAAUUAUUAAAAUUUAUUGAUUUAAGGAGGGAAUGUUGUGUUAAAGUUAAGUAAGUUAAAGUACAUUGAUUUAAAUUGGUUUGGGUGAUGUGAGAUGAUUUUAUGUGUGGAAUAGAUUUUAAGUUCAAGCAUGAGCUGAGCUUUUGUGUCUUUCACUUCAAAUAGAGCCUCACUUCAAAGGCCUGUGUACUGCUGUUAACAGUUGGAUAGACACACUGCUGAGGAAGACUGCUGUCAAGUUCAAUGAAGCACUACAUUGCAGUAGCCUUUUUUAACCAGAGAGAGGCGCUGUUUAGCUCUCUCAGGGGCCAGACAUUUCCCUGUCUCUCUCUGUCAGAGGUAACUCAGUUUAUACUUUCAUGACAAGAUGAAUGGCAGCCAUACAAGAUGAAUGAAAAAUGAAUGGAGAAACAUAACUUAUCAUAUGUUUAUGGUGCCUUGGAUUCCACCGGACGCAAGUGAGCGAACAUCAUCAACAAACUUGAUGUAAAGCUACGCAUUUUCUCAUUGUACAAAUCAGAGAGGUGAUCACAGUCAGUGAGUAGAAAUACUCCACUAUAUGUAAAAAUCCAGUUGUCAAUGUUACCUAAGAAGUAUAAAAGUAUUCGGAGCAAAAAUAGAAGCGUCAUAUCACAUGAUUGGAUCAGUGCUGAUGCAUCAACAUAUAAGUAUUAUUAAUGUAGAUUUUAAUCAAUAACACAUCAUACGUUGUAGGCUAACUAUAGCCUAUAUCAAUCUAAAAUGUUGAUGUUCUCAGUAACUAGUAACUAAAGCAGUCAAAUAAAGAUAGAGCAUUACAAUAUUUCCCUCUCAAUAACAAUGAUUUGACUAAAGGUAUAAGUUUGGUAUUAGUUUGUUUGGAGACAAUAAGUUGUAAUAAUAUAUGUAAUAUAUAAUCCUCCGUUUCCUCGGUGAAACUAAUUUUAGAGCUUUAACAACAUUUAGAUUUCAGGAGUACUUGAUCAAAAACAGCAUCAGUUCUGCAUUUAGUGAAUUGAGGAAAAACUAAAGUUUUUAAAUCCCUGUCCAGCUCCCCUCACUCCAGUCUCGUGCCCGUCGCGCCUCGGUCUCCCGGGAGAUGGGAAUGAGAAGCGGCAGCACGCAGACUCCUCUCGCGCAUUGGAAUGGUCGCCCCCUCUCUCUCCACCGAGGAGCCCCCCAGGCGUGACCAAUGGAACAUAGAGUCUCCAUUGUGGCUGCGACACUUUAAUAAUCGCCAGCUACAAUAUCCAACCUGUCGGUAGCUUCAGGAGCCCGGCCCGGCCCGUUGGAUGGGGGGCUUGUAGGUGGGAAGAGGGGGCGAACGCUCGGCGCCAGACCUCUAGCCCGCAAGACGUCCCCAUGAUGAAUACAUGAAUAAAACAUAGAAAAGACUGAUGUCGAAUUAUCUCUGAAAUUAUGGGAGUUCUUCACACAAAUUGUGUUUUCCCACAACUUCCAGCUAAACCAGUUUCAUAUUCUGGACCGCAAACCAUAUUUCUAACGUUUUUAGCAUGUAUUAGCAAUAUUUUCUAACAAAGUUGUGAUGUAUAAUUGAUAGGAUUAUAGUCUGCUGUCUAAUGUAGUUUUACGUCUUUCAAUGUAGCUGACAAAAAAGCUGGAACUUGGCAGCGAUAGUAACAGGUAGGCUUGCCUUGCCCCCCUUGAUCAUUGUACCUCAUACAUUGGGCUACUGUAUUUAACACGUAGCUGAGGCUAUAUCCUUCUUAUCCUAAAUCGACCGUGGCAAUUAGGUUAAAUAGCCAAUUUCCACCCAGCAAUUAGUCCAUUGUUCAUUUGCCAGGUUAGGCCUAAAUUUUGCAUCUCAGUAAGCAUGGUUGCUUUGAUCAAUAGACUGCAGGUGGUUUCCUCAACAGCUAUAAUUUGUCCAAAGUUAUUUUUUCCUGUCUAUGGCUACAAUCUGUCCUUUCAACCUGUGGUCACAGCUGUUAGGUUAAUUAAAUAUCUGAUAAUAAAUAAGAAGUAAUAUCAGUCAGAGCUUAAGGAUACAUAAUGUUCUAUGUGGGUCUAUUUGUGUGUGUGUGUGUGUACGUGUACUUUCUGCUCUCUGUUUUCCAGUUGUAACCGCGCGCCACAUACAGCUCGUGUCAGUGCGGAAACAGUGUUGAGCGCGAGACCCCUGCUCAUGUUUCCGUUCCCUGUGAAGCCCUUUUUACCGACAGGGCGUUCCGAGAGCUGGAUCAAAAGGUUUUAGACCCGCUUACAAAGGAAAAAUGGAAACUGGAGAUGAUCUUAGAAUGAAUGAAUUGACAAUGAGCGCGCGAGCCCCAGGAGUCGCAAAGAUUUUGACUUUUGGUGAAACUUUACUUGGCCCAGCGCUUUCUUUUUAGUCAGGCUUUUUAUCUGUCGAGUUUGUUCAUUUUUACAACGUAUUCCUUGUUUUGCGGAUAACUUAUAAAAAAUCUAUAGUGCCUGUGUUGAGCUAGGGCCCUAUUCUUUGAGCUGAUUGGGGAAAAGCUUUUAUUUCAGUUCACCUAAUAGUGACUGUAAAAAUUCCUAUAUGUGAUGCACCUUAGUCUGUGUUGACUUGAACGUUAUGUUAAAGGGUCUGGUGGAAAACUGCUGCCGAUGGGACUCAAAUGCAGCCUUUACACCAAGGAUAGCAGGUUGUGGUUGGUAGAUUAACCCUUUUCAACCUCUCCAGCUCCUUCUCUUUCCUUCUUCCUCCCUCUGACAUGCCUGCGAUGUAUGACAGACACAAGGACAGGUAGGAAUUCUGUCCCAGCUGCGCACGUCUCGCGCUGUCCACGCUCUUCACCUAAAACUGACGCCUCCCCGUGCACGUGCGUCCUGUGGGAGGUUCCCCUUACCUCCCUUGCGUUAAACACUCCUUAAAUCGUUAUGUUAUCAUAAACAGUCCGGCUUCGGGGGGCCAUAAUCACCUCUCUCGGGCUUUACCGAGGCUUCUCAUUGGACGUCAACACGCGACCAGCGCGAGGAGGGGGGCUCCCAGGCGCGUGCCGCUUUUUAAACCGACGCCGCGCCUUGAGACACCAGAGAAGGAGUCCCGCACGCGACCGUUAUAUCCACAUAGUGCGACAGCAUAGUAGUGCGUGCCUCUAAGAACUUUCCCCCCCCCCAACACUGCCAUUCGGUUUAACUUUGCCUACCUGUUGGGCUUUCGGAAACAUGGAUGUCCUAAGUGUGGACGACUGGAGCAAAGACGCACUGGAGGCAGUGGCAGUUCUCGGCUCGCGGCAUCAGAGCCCGAGAGUGGUGGAGAGGGGAGGGAAGCAGCAGCUCGAGGAGUCCCGCUACGAACCUGGACUGACGCUCGUGGACAGCAGCAGUGACCCACGCGCCUGGCUGGCUUCAGUGCAGCCUUCUGGCACCUGCGCGGCACACGCCUCUUCACCCGACUACCUGCGGCACUCGCCAUGCCCGAGCACCGGCUCCUUCCAAGAGAAUGGCUCCCCGGGGUCAUCGGGCCAUCCCAGUCCUCCCAGCUACAGAAAAUCUGCCAAGAGCCCCUCCUCUUCUUCGCUCAAAGUCAGGGACCUGUGCCGUCUCAAAGGCACGGUCACCGGGCUCGAUGAGGAUGCAUCCGCGAGACAGAGAGCCCCAUCCAGCAAACCGGUCAGCGGGAUCCAGAAACAGAGGCGCGUGGCCGCCAACGCGCGCGAGAGGAGGCGGAUGCACGGGCUUAACCACGCGUUCGACGAGCUGCGCAGCGUCAUCCCGGCGUUUGACAACGACAAGAAACUCUCCAAAUACGAAACUUUACAGAUGGCGCAGAUUUACAUCAACGCACUGGCAGAGCUGCUCCAAGGUCCCGUCUCCUCCAACAACAGCAAUACCGACAUUUCCAACAGCAACAACAACUCGCCAAAGUGUGACAUUAUGCUUUCUUCCGCCGUCGGUUUUGACGGAGCGAAAGACAGGGCUUCCCCUUCCCCUACAGCCUGUAGGACGGCGGCGGCCGUGCCCGUCUCAGGUAGCAGCUUACCUGUCCACAUCAGCGGGGCGCCUUUCCGCUCCGCCUUCGACGACGGUUCGUUUUCCGCCAUGGUUGAAGAGGCGAUGUGUUCGCCUUCUCCUUCUUCCUCCACUCGGGCUGGCAGCUCCCUGGCACCGGUCGGAGGUGGAAGGAAAGAGUCUCCCCGGAGCGACGGAGAGUUUUCCCCGCACUCCCACUUCAGUGACUCCGAUGAAAUAGCGAUGGAGCUCCACUCAAGUGAAGAAGAUGACCUUUCAGAACUCAAGCUACCCAGCCACCAUCAUCACUCGGUUUCUUUCUAAAUAAUUGAAAAUGAAAAGUACAAAGGCCUACAAGCUACUAUACCUAUAAAGGGUUCACUACAGCCGACAACAAAAUAAUGUCAGUCCGUGUCAAUCAUACCUACAGUUCAUCUGUUGCUAUCAAAAUGCAUUUUUUAAAGAAGAUAGAAAUUUUAGCUUCUUCAAAACAAGUCACGUCCAAUUUUUGACAAUAAUUCUAUUUUAUCAACUUGUUGCAUAGUCUAAAGAUUAUUUUUUAUGUGAUAUAGCCCUAAUUCGGUUCUGCCAAUAGAUAUAUAGUCUAUAAUUUCCCGUUUCCAUGGAGACGUGGCUGGAAGACCCCUCUGCCAUGUCGCGCGCAGCACUGCCAUGGGUAUUUCCCACGUCACUCCGACCAAAAAACUGUCUUCCACGAAAUCAUACCUUUAUGCAUAAUUGUUUAUAUUUGAUAAUGUAAAAAAAAACAUUUUUUGUAGCUAUGAUUUUUGUUGUGAUACAUGUUUUUAUUUGAUAAUUUGUUUGUAUAAUGUAUUUUGUUUUGCAACUUCAAAAGUUCAUGAUGUGCACUUUAAAAAUAUUCGAGCCAGAGGCUUGAGAAAUGCGAUUUUUGUUUUCAAACCAUAAACAAUAUUGUUUUGAUUUGUUUGAUAGUGUAGUACUGCCAAUUCCAUACAAAUAGCCUAUUUAAUGUAGCCAUCAUUGCUGCCUUCUUUUAUACUUCCUUUUGUAUCUUCAGAUGAACCUGUGUGUCUUUUGCUUUCACUGGAUGAGAUUAAUUGACAUGUAUUUAUUGCUAAGUUUCAUUUGAUUUGCUUUUUAUAACUCCUAGUUAAAUUUGCUGAAACAAGCUAUCAUUUUUGCCAUUCAUUGUUAUAUAAAUUCGAUUUUGGGAAUAAA